CUUUCAUCACAAAAGAUCAUAACAUGUGCUUUGAUCCUCAUUUCAUCAAGACACACUUCACCCAUCAAUACGGAUGUACAUCUGACAACCCACAUGGGCUAGGCGUCGUGUUCCAACGGUAAGGUCCAAGCCAACACACCAAUCAGCAUUAGUCAGCAUCAUGCGACUACCAGUUGCAACCCAUGUCCUCUCCUAUCUCUGUUCGUAAAAUUGGCUCCAAAAGGAAUCGCCAGCCAAUUAAGCACACCAAAACCUUCUCUGGUUGUUGGACCUGUCGAGAACGACAUGUCAAGUGCGAUGAAACCAAACCAUUGUGCACAAGAUGCUCGAGAGGAGGUUUCGAAUGCCAAGGAUACGGCAUCAAACUGGUCUGGGUAGAUCCCAAUACCCAAGAACGAGAGCAAAACAUCCGGCGGGCCAUUGGCGCUCCUGCAAUCUAUGACAAGACUUCAAUGUUCAUGAGCAUUGAUGUUCAAGAUGCACUGGACGAACUCGAAGCCAUCUCCCAAUUCACCAGUCCUGACAAAGCACUGGGUCCGUUCUCAGUCUUCUCGACGACCUUCUCGGCGACGAAUCAAGGUUAUAUCGCAGCUUCUCAUUCGACAAGCCACACGUCUUCGACCGAAUCCAAGAAGGGGACGAGUGCCAAUGACCAAGACGUUGAUGAAGUGGUAUCUCAACCAUCGCCUGACCUCACGCUUGUCUCCACAGCAUCGAGUCGCCGCCGCCGCCGGUCGAGGAUCACUACCUUGGACUUACUGCCGACAAACAGUGUCAAUCGCCAGUUGAUUUAUCACUGGACCAACUUUGUCUGCUGGCAUCUGGUGCCGAUAGAUCAGCCGUCCAACCCAUUUCGAAGUGUUUUCACUCCCAUGGCCUUGGCCGGCCUAUCGAACCCUCAAAGCAACCCGGCACUCUUUCAUGCCCUAUGUGCUACCUCCGCAUACUCGCGCUCUCAGCUUCUCGACAAUGACGCCGAAAUCUUAACGCUAGCAAAUCAACACUACCACCGAAGCAUCAAGUACUUGCGCCGCAGCCUCAAUGCAUUGACGCCUAACUCGCCCGCAUUCGAUCGUACAUUCAUCCUGGCCACUAUUACCAUGUUCUCCGCCAUGGACAUGAUCACGGGGCGUUUCGCUGAAUGGCGGACACACUUGAUGGGUGGUUCACGCUUGCUCUCCACUCUAUCGCCUGACACAUGGACGUCUUCUCGAUCCAGCAGUCUAGUGUACCAGGGAUAUCUGGCCGUUGCGGCUCUUUGCAACAUCACCCUUCCGGCCAAUUUAUCUCUCAUCGCCACCGACUCCCCAGGCUCGGGGUCAAUAUCUCCUGAUGACCCUCUGUCUGGCAACAGUUACAUGCUUGACCGGUUUUUUGGUCUUACACGACCAAUUCUUCGGCGGAUUGUGGAGAUGAACAGCCUCAUCGACCGCGUGCCGUCUACGGCAUCUGACAUAUUGAGUGUCAUUUCGCCAGCCGAGCUCCUCGCCCUGGAAUCUGAAUUAUACGCCCAAACACCCGAUACACUGGAUCUGUCUGACCUCACGCCACGCGCCGCCACACUGACGCUUCACCAUGCAUAUACAUUUUACUAUGCUUCCCUCAUCUAUUUCCUGCGGUCGGUGCGACGUUUGCCACCUUCCCACCCCAAGAUUCAAAGCCUGGUGUCGAAGGCGGUGACGUAUUUUGAGGCUAUCGAGCUGAUCGGUGGGGAACAAGUCGGAUGUUCACUGGUGUGGCCGCCCUUGGUCGUGGCUUGCGAAUGCAUCACUCCAGAUAUGCAGCUACGGAUGACGGAAUGGUAUAAAGUCAAAAGAAGGCAUGGCUUCCGCAACCUCGAGAUGAGUAAAGAAAUCGCCAAUGAGGUUUGGAGGAGGAGAGAUAAGCAGAGAUGGAGUUUUGAGUUGGGAGGCGACGAUGAUGGCGAUUUUGGAGUUCAGCAGCAGCAUCCUCCUGGAAUCGAAACUGAUAUCCAGUGGCAGGAUGUGUUGAAGGAGUUGGGCAUGGAUAUUGUUCUGGCUUAGGAGCUUGGGUUCUGGAGUCAUUCUUGUGGUCUUCUGUCUAGACACCUUGUCUAUACUCUAGUAGAACAUAACAUUCAUAAACUUGCGGUUGUCGUAGACCUACUUAGAUACUAGGUACUCACCUACUUUUUAAGUUAUCAAU